AGCAUUGUUUGUCUUAGGGCGUGAACGAGCUUCCAGUGGGCGCGCCCGCUGCGACGCUGCGGAGGCUUCAAGAUGGCGGAAGCCUUGACAACUCAGGAGCAGCUGAAUGUGGAGGAGUUCCUGAGAGAAGUGAGGAGCAGAGAGCUCCCCCACAGCGCUGGGCUCGUCUCCCAGCCUACAGCCAUUAAGUUUCUUAUGGCCCGCAAGUUUGACGUCUCCAGGGCCAUCGAUUUGUUCCAAGCAUAUAAGAAUACCCGAAUCAAAGAGGGUAUCAUCAAUAUAAACCCUGACGAGGAGCCCCUCCGCUCUGAGCUGCUGAGUGGAAAAUUUACAGUUCUGCCUGGUCGAGAUGCUAAAGGUGCUGCUCUAGCGCUCUUCACUGCUCGCCUUCAUCGACCAGACGUCACCACUCACAAAGCUGUUCUGCAGGCCAUCAUCUAUCAGCUGGAUAAAGCCAUAGAAAGUGUGCAAACUCAAAGAGACGGGCUGAUAUUUAUUUAUGACAUGACAAACUCAAGUUAUGGAAAUUUUGACUAUGAGCUCUGUGUCAAGAUUCUGAAUUUGCUCAAGGGGGCAUUUCCCGCUCGAUUAAAAUGCGUCUUCAUUGUGUCCUCUCCAUUAUGGUUUCGAGCGCCGUUUGCAGUUCUCCGUCUUUUUGUCAGAGAAAAGCUGAGGGAACGGGUGUCUACAGUGAGAGCUCAUGAGUUGGUCAGUCAUAUCCCAGUCUCCUCUCUCCCUGAACAUCUUGGUGGGACGUCCCAGUACAGCCACGUGGCCUGGAUCCAGUCCUGUGUAAACUCUCAAACCAACACUGAUCAGGGGGACACACAGGAACAUGACACACAUGAUUGUGUGGGAAACCUGCUGCGCUCUUACAGUUUGGACAAUAGCAACACAAGCAUUGGUACAGUGCCUUCCCACACCCAACAGGGCACUGAACGUGCCAUAGCUAAUGACAACAAUGCUAACCCUCAGAACCACAUGGAGGGCAGGACUCGAGGCCCGGGCCAGUAUCAGCAGGGUUCCCUCUCCGCAGCAGACAAGUCCCAGGGGAACCACCAGCACUGGAAUGGUUCGGCCUUGAGCGGAGCCAACACAAACGUGAACGGCCGCAGCUGCCGAGCUCCUCCCCAGUCAGUCGCUGCCCCCAACACGCCGCCGUCGCAGAAAGCUGAUGGCGAUGCAGCAAACCCUUCCAACAGGUCUCAAAGUGAGCCCCUGAAUGAGGAGGAAGAGCUGGAAGGGGUUCCACCGCUGCCCCAGAAAGCUCUGCCUCGCCCCCCCAACCAGCCCACCUCACAAUCCCCGCCUAUGUCUUCAUCAUGGGGCCCAGAUGAGGAUGAUGAUGAUGGUCGUUACACGGAGAUAUCUGUUCACAUGCCGGACCCAGGAGGAAUGACGGUGCAUGAGCUGGUGGAGUAUGUGAAAAGAAAAAAGAAAAGAGGGAUCUAUCAGGAGUACGAGGACAUCCGGAAGGAGCCUCCAGCAGGAACCUUUGACUAUUCUAAGAAAAUGUCAAAUCAGAUAAAGAACCGGUACAGUGAUGUUCUAUGCCUGGACCAAUCACGAGUCAGGCUCUGUCAGCUCUGUGAUGAUGAAGAUGAGACAUCAGAUUACAUAAAUGCCAGUUUCAUGGAUGGGUACAAGAGAAGCAAUGCCUACAUCGCAACUCAAGGUCCGUUGCCAAAAACCUUCGCUGACUUCUGGCGAAUGGUUUGGGAGCAGAUGGUACUCAUCAUUGUCAUGACCACCAGAGUUGUAGAGCGAGGACGUGUCAAAUGUGGUCAGUACUGGCCUCUGGAGGAGGGUGGAACUGAGCAGCACGGAUAUUUCAUGGUGAAGAACACACACAUCCAGGUGUUUCAGGACUUUAAACUCUCCCAUCUCGAACUGUACAACACACAGUCUGGAGAGAAACGGGAAGUUUGUCACUACCUCUAUGUCAGUUGGCCAGAUUUUGGGGUUCCUAAAAGUGCUUCUGCUAUGUUGGACUUUCGUGAGCAUGUACUUGAGAAAAGGAAAUCUGCAGUCCAAAGCCUGGGAUCCAGUUGGAGGGGACCUCCUGGAGGCCCUCCUGUGAUAGUGCAUUGCAGUGCUGGAAUCGGACGCACAGGCACAUUCUGCACACUCGACAUCUGCCUAGCACAGCUGGAGGACGUAGGCACGGUAAAUGUUCAUCAGACAGUGCGGAGGAUGCGCACGCAGAGGGCUUUCAGCAUCCAGACCUGGGACCAGUACUAUUUUUGCUACACUGCCGUCAUAGAGUACGCCCAGCGACAUGGGAGACUGAGUCCAGUGCAGUGGUCUGACUCAGAAUUGGAGACGGACAGCGAGUGAGACACACUUGCACAGAUGGCUAGCUGAACAUGAACAGAAUUCAUAGGAAUGAAAAUCAGAGGAGCAACGUUUCUUAGUAAAGGAUGGAGGAGAUCCUUUCACCAUAAGAGAGGGAGGUAUGGAGGAUGGUGGACUCCCAACAGAUGCUCUUCCUUCACAGAAUGCAGUUGAACAGCCGGAGAAAAAAAACGCAGUGCAGUAGAGACUAUGCACUGCAUGGAAGAUGGGCAAGCUGACCUGCCAUUAUCCAAGCCCCCUUUUUAUCAAGCAAACUACAAAGGGGGCGGAGCUCAACCUGCUCCUACACACGCCCCGCUGACAACAGCGUUGUACGACUUGUAGCAUUUUUAUGUUGACUUGCACAUUAGGAAUGAUAAACUUGAACCUUUCCCCUUGAAGCCCUCCGAAUCCAAGUCUCAGUUCCUUUUUUUUAUACUUAUCUCUGCUUUUCAAACAAGUCUGGUUACAGGUGAAAUGCAGCAUGUGUGAAAAGGUGAAACUUGAAAACAUUUCUCCUCAUUUCUCCUUCUUUUUUUUUUUUUUGCUCAUUUUAAAAGAAAUGGGUUUUGGUGAAACAUUAGUUGUGACUGAUUACUCUACGAGCCAUUUAAUUCAUUUUAUUCAACCAUUUCAUAGCCAUUCUUUUCUUUUUUUUUUUUUUUUCUUUUUUCCCCAAUUACAUCAUUUUUAUAUGCGCUUCAUAUCUGUGAGUAUUUAGACUAACUUUUAAAGCCAAAGUCCUCACCUGAAUGCUUGGAUGUAUUCCUUCCUGAGAUCUUAUAGACUGAAACCUACAUAUAUUCCUCUAACAUACAUGUAUAUUUUAUUGUGCAUAAUGGCAACUAAAAUACAAGCUUAAAAUGCCAAGUUGAGUUGAAUUGUCUCAACCUUAAGUGACAACAUCUAUGUAGCAAAACUAGACUGAGAAUAAGUAGAGUUCUGGUUUUAUACACAUCUUUCUGUCCAAUCUGUCAGGUUCUAAUAUGAUAUUCCUGAUAUGCGGUUCACACAUUGAGAGGGGGCGUAUUUUGGCCUUAACACGAUUCACUGCCUGAAGCAGGGCCUUGGAGAAGGAUUUAUAUCCCUUGAACUGUUUCACAAUUUGUUCCAUAACAAAUGCAGCCUUCGCUGUUCUUUGUGGGGAUUUUGUUGGGCAGACUGGUGCAUAAUUGUGAAGUGGAAGAAAAAAAAUUAGUCAUUAGUUUUCUGUAAUUUAUCAAAUCACCUUUACUACAAUCACAGAAAGUCUUCUGGGUACUUCCUCUACCAGCUUUGCUCACGUUGAGUUUCUUGUCCGUUCUUGUCACUGCAGCUCAAGCUUAGUAAGGUCUAUUAGAAAACUUCUGCUUACAGUUGUCCUGUUAGCACAUGUGUCCACCUAGCCUGUGGAUCUCUAUUCAAAAACAUGCAUAGUUUUCCUUCCACCUUGCAAUUAUUCACUAUUUUCUGCUGAGUAAAUAAAAUUCUAUUAAACACACAAGUGUGUUGAGGUAGAAGCAAAAAAGCCUUAGUGAUAAAGUUCAGUGAGAAUAAAUACUUUAACAAAGCAUAUAGUUAUUACAAAACCACCUUUUAAACUUAUAUAUUUUUUGAGCUUUUUCCUUUGAUAAAAUAGACUUUUGAGGUGUUUUUAGUUUAAUUUUAUUUUUGCCUCAGAUAACGGUGCCUUCAUGUUUUCCUUAGUCUAAUUAUUGCUAUUAUGUUUUAACACCCAAACUAGUGCACUUGCUCUGCACAUUAAGUGUGGGGCAAAGGACGUCCAGUUUAGACACACUACUUUAGAAAAACACAAAGUAGUGUGGUAUUUAGUAGUAAAAUCUGGUUUGAGACAUGGCUAUACUUUUAUUUUUUGACCUCAGGGGGUAACUAUAUUUUCUUUAAGUGUCGAUCAGUUUCUGGGUUUGUAUCUGAUAAACUAUCAAAAGAAAAACGUCCUUUUUUUUGUAUUUUUUUUUUAAACUGUAUUUUAUUCUACUGUAUUUGUCUUUGUACUUCAAUAUCAAAAUCCGUGAAUGUUGGUACGAUGCUACAAAGAAAACAGACCAUUUAUUAUAUAAUAAGCUGAACAAAUCUCAUGGGGGAGUGAAAUGUGUAUAUAUAUUUUUUUGUUGUAGACAUAAACUUUGGUGAAAUUUGUCACUUGUCAUAUUUUCAGAACUAACAUUCAGAAGUGGUGUUUGUCCUAUUUUGGGCGGGUUCUCUUUGGGGGUGGGCUUUAUUUGGUGCGUGUGUGUUUUUAUAAAGGUAUGAACCCUUUAGUAAGGAUGACAUUACCAUCAAGUCUCAUACUCUAAGCCAAGGAUAAAGCAAAAAAAAAAAAAAGAAAAGCUGUCAUGGGGAAUAAUUUGCAAAGAAAAAAAAAA